AUGGCGGCGGUGGCGACGAGUCGCUGGGUGUACGUCUUCUACGCAGGCGAGGUGGUGUGGCGCCAGCACUUGAAUCUGGUGCGGGUGGCAUUGUCCGAGGCUGACCACGUCAUCUACACGGCGGAAAGCGAUCUCUACAUCGUCGCGUUGGACAACAAUGCUGAUGUGCAGGCGGCGCGGUUCGGUGCCUUCAACCCGCCGCCUCCAGGGAUCGCGGGCAACCAGGUGUAUGGGUUCAGAGCCGAGCCGACGGAUGCGGAGCUGGCCCAGCUCACCUUGGAGGCGGAGCAGAUCGCCACCGCGGAGUGCCGCACCAGAGCUGCCGCCAUCGGCAACCUCGACCUGCUCACCAACCUGCGGCCACUGGUCGCGCCUGGAGGAGGAGGAGCGGUGGCCCCCAUCGCGCCCGCGGGCCCUGCGUUGGGCUUGCUGCGCGGCGCUGCCGCGCUCCCCGCUGGUGCGCCUGGAGGUGACCCCGCUGGGGUGUGGAGGGCGGCCGCUUGCGAGGGCGGAUAUCGGAUUGGCGAUGAGGUGCUAGGGCACGUUCCCACGGCAGCUCGAGUCCAGGAUCGGGACAUUCAUGUGCUGCCAGACGACCAGGGCCUGUUCGUGGAGUUGGUGCCGCCAGCCGCCAUCGAGACCUUCUUGCGGAAGGCUGUAGAUGCGGACGCCAGGAUCUUGCCCAUUGUUCGAGAUUGGCAGGGUCGCCGCGACGUCCCUUGGCACAAGAUGGUAGAGAUGACCCGCCAGGAGGACUUCGGCUCGGACUGGACGCUGCCGGGCCCGAGGACGGCGGCAUGGGCCAUCACGAGCACUUCCUGGCAGAUCUGCAGGCUCUCCGCCACGGAGUGGGGAGUUCAGGAGCACUACCAGCUGUGCCAGCAGAUCAAGGCGGCAACCUGCCAGGACCUCCUAGACGGGACGAACUUGAUCAGCAUUGAGAUGAAGUUUAGGAGGCUCCAGACCAUCGAGUUCGCCCACUGGGACAAGGCCAAAGACGCCGAGAGCAAAGGCGUCGGUGGCAAGAUGAGUCUGGAGGAGCAGGCCGCUUUUUCUGGGGUCUCACGCUCGACUUCGUCGGUGAUGGUCUCUCCAGAGUUGAUCGAGCAUGUCCGCGGUGACGACGUCCACGACAUUGGCAGGCGUCGGCCCCGGGACAUCUUGCCACUGCCCUACCCUUCGUUCAAAGAGCCGCUGGAUAAGGCUUCGGUCAAGGAGCUCGCCAGAGAAGCGCUGGUGCAGCUUCGCGUGGCCGGGGGUGCCUACAAUGUCGAGCAGUCGCCCCUCGGGAGCUACGACCCCGCGGUCCUCUCCUUGCCUGGCGCCAGUACCGCCCCUGUGCCGCUGGCCGACGUGCGGGGGGAGGGCGGGCAAGCCAAGGUCGAACAGUUCGUUCUGCAGAGCUUGAUGGAUCCGAGCGAGGCCGAAGCCAGGACGGCGUUCGAGCCGAGAUUUUCUUUGUGGAAAAAAAAGGGAGGCCGCCUUCGCAUGGUGGCGGGCUGCCGCCGCCCCAACGAGGUGUUCGCCGAGCCCUUGGGCGCGCGGCUCGCGACGGGCGACGCCUUCGGCAUGCUGGAGAUGGCGGCGGACGACUCUCUCCUGACAGUGGAGGGUGCCGACCUGAAGGACGCCUUCUACCACCUUGAGCUCCCCGAGCAGCUCCGUCCGUGUUUCAGCCUGCGACCUGCGCGCGCUGGCGUCCUGGGCAUCAAGGAGGUCGGCGGGGUCGCUGUCGGGGCCUCCACCAAGCUCUACCCGCGCCUCAGGGUCGUGCCCAUGGGUUGGUCCUGGGCAAUGUGGUGGUGUCAGUCGGUGAUGGAGCGAGUGGCAGAAGCAGCAGGCUGCGGUGAUGACGCACGACUUCGAGAUGGCAGACCUGCUCCCUCUUUGGACCCAUCGUGUCACCUUGAGUACGUCGACAACUUCGUGAGCAUCGGCUACGACGCGGAGGCGGUUCGGUCAGCUGUGACUCGUGUCAUGACGGAGCUCAAGCGCCGAGGUCUGGUGGUGACCAGGGAGGAGCACCUCGGUGACAGCGAGGGCGAGUUUGCGGUGCUGGGUUGGUCCAUCACUGCGGCGAGUUUCCGCUUUGUCCAGAAGUGCUACCACCAGCAGGUGCCGCUCUGGUCUCAGGUCAGGCAGGAGCUCAUGGCCUGGGAUGGCGUCGCUCCUUUGCUAUGGCUGAUUGGGAUGUCGGCGCUGUUCGGCAGGUUGGUCGCCAUAGCGAGCGGUGGCGCCAUGGCAGGGCUGAGCGCUUGCCUCCUCGUCGCCGGGCCCUUGCCGCUGAAUGUGCCGCUGACGGGGACCCCGAAGUACAAGGUCGGCCUGGACCCCAGAGGGGACGCUCGCAAUCGACCAGCCGCGGCCGCGAGCUUGCCGCCGGCGGGAGCUUCCCUGGUCCGUGGGGCGCGCAAGGCUGGCUUGCAGUCGCCGACGCUGCCAGUGCUCCAGGCAUCGCCCGCGAGCCGCCAGGGCUCGAGCGGUGGCCCCACGCCGCAGCAGCGGGCUCGGCUGAUUCAGCCGCCAGCGGGCAUGCCAGUGCUCAACGCAGCAUCUGUGCGCACGGCGUCGGGGCGUCAGGCUUACCUCUCGAUGCUGGCGGGUUUCGACAACUGGACGAGACAGCAUCGACGGGCUACGCAGGAGCCUGCUCAGAUGGACCGAGCGGUCCGCGACUACAUCAGCCAUCUCUUCGAGCGGGGGUAUCACCAGACCUACGCCAACCGUAUGAUAGCGGCGGUGGCGUGGCGCGAUCCGCGCUAUGCCAGAACGGGCCAGUUCGAGCUGCCGCUGUCCAAGCAAGCCGCCAAGGGGUGGCGCAACCUGGCCCCAGCUCGCAGCCGAAUGGCCCUUCCGUGCGAGGUCGUCGCCAUGGUGGUCAACUACGUGCCCCAUCAGCGCGGCGCCCCGGAGGCGCUCGCGAUCUGGCUCCUCUUCGAGAUCUACGGCCGCCCAGGCGAGAUCCACGGGCUUCGCCUGCAGGAUGUGGUGCCGCCAGCGCCUUCCGCGUCAGGGGCUCACCGCUACACCUCGGUGACGCUCCACGCGCCGGAGGUCGGCGACGUCUCGAAGACGGGGGAGUUCGACGCGGCGAUCCGUCUCGACCUCGAGCGCCGGGCAGGCCUGGCUGCGGCGCUGCUGGCGAUGGCCGCCGCGCGGCGCCGCGCGGGAGCGCCGCCCUGGGCGCCGCUGUUUGCAGUCGACCAGCGCAGUGUGGCCAACGCAUGGCGUGGGGCUGUCACCGCCCUCGGCCUCCGGAAGCUGGGUGCCUGCCACGUCUACCAGCUCCGCCACUCAGGCCCAAGCCACGACUACGCCUACGCAGCAGGGCUGCGCGACCUGGAGCAGAUCAGGCGGCGUGGGCGCUGGAAGAGCUGGAGCUCAGUCCGCAGGUGCGAAAAAGGAGGCCGCCUGACCGAGCAGCUGCACAAAUUAGGAGGGCCGCAGCGAGAGCACGCGGAGGCCUGCGCGCGCUUGCUGAGCCGUGCGUCGCACGGCCUGCCCUCAGCGUUGGUGCCAGUUUGCCCGACCCGCCAGUGA